CUGUCGCAUCAACCGUUCGAUUGGCCUGACGAUACUGAUUCGUCCUCAUCACCAGAGCGCGUACUCUGUGGCGAACACGCUCGGACGCGGGACGCUCCUGUCUGUCCUCUGAGUGCUGUGUCUCCUUCUGCAUCUGAUUUAUCUUUACGUCGUAGAGAUUCUGACUGCACUGCGAGGCGUGAUGGUAAAAGAUUGGGGAUGAUAAUGCUCCCGGGGGUGGUUGGCUUCGAAAUUAUAAAGACGUAUGUGCCUCCCCUUCUCUACGCAAAGUUCCGCAGUUUUUACUACCCACUGAGUUAUGCCAAAUUCGCUUUGUCCAUUAAACUUUUGCUUUCGCUUGUCUACUUUAAGGAUAAGAAAAUAUGUAAAAAAAAGUGUGUCGUAAGAAGUACACUUGCUGCUGAAGGGUCCUCCCCAUGUGUGGCCAAAGAUGUAUGUCCAACUAAGCGCGACUCAAAACCGGAACUGGUGGAUGGAAUGGAUUCUGGGAAUCCCUCUACUUCGCUAUGCCCAGUUUCGGAACGUGAUUGCAUGGUUGAAAGUGCACCCAUUACCACCAGCAAAGUUGGAAGUACAGUCACAAAUGCUUCCGUAGUCCCUCCUGAGGAAAAAUCUCCUGUCUCAGGCGUUGUUACUCCCAGUGAUUUCAUUUACAAGCCAAGAGUUAGGUGCUCUGUGGCAUUAUCGUCAGGACAUAGCAAUGGCAAGCACUCUUAUCGUUCGUCAAUACGUGCAGAUUCCCAUGUCAGCACCUCCUUUACCGAUGAGCCCUCGCAUUCUACCCAAUUUUGUGCUCACAGAUGCUCUCGAAGUUCCCGCCAGAAUCACCAUCACUAA